AUGUCGGUGGCUUCGGUUCAGCCAGUAGCGGCUCAGCCAGUGAGUCAGAUCGCAGCAGUGCAGCCGUUGGGUCAGAUUGCACCGGCGCCGCGGGGUUACUCUUCAGUGGAGACUGGCGGGACUAGUCAGACCGGGCAGAUCACAGGGACCUUGUUAGUGGGCGGUUUUGAGUCCCACGUUUUAUUCGACUCUGGAGCAUCGAAUUGCUUCAUUACACCGGAGCGUGCCGAGAAGAGUGGCAUCCGGAGUAGCGCGGGCGAGAGCGCGGGCAUGGUCAAGGUGGCGGGAGGUGGAUUCUUGUCUACUUUGGGCCGUGCUAGAGGAGUCGAGAUCGAGAUUGCGGGGCAGUCAAUGCCAGCAGACUUAGUCAUCAGUCCGGUGGAGCUGUAUGACGUUAUUCUCGGGAUGGACUGGUUGUCACACUACAGAGUUCAUCUGGAUUGCUACAGAGGUAGAGUGGUCUUCGAGCGAGAUGCAGGGAGGUUGGUUUAUCAGGGAGUGAGACCGACUUCCGGGAGUAUUGUGAUAUCUGCUAUUCAGGCCGAGCAGUUGUUAGAGCGGGGCUGUGAGGCGUAUCUGGCGACGAUUUCUAUGUCUGAGUCAGGAGCUGGAGUUGUUAUGGGAGAUAUUGAGGUUGUCCAGGAUUUUGAGGAUGUCUUUCAGUCACUGAAGGGAUUACCACCAUCUCGGUCUGAUCCUUUCACGAUUGAGUUAGAGCCGGGGACAGCACCGAUAUCGAAGACGCCUUACAGGAUGGCGCCAGCUGAGUUGGCAGAGCUGAAGAAGCAGAUAGAGGACCUUUUGUCUAAGGGGUUCAUUCGACCGAGUGUUUCACCGUGGGGAGCACCGGUGUUGUUUGUGAAGAAGAAGGAUGGAGUUUCAGACUUUGUAUCGAUUACAGAGAUUGACUUGGCAUCGGGGUAUCAUCAGAUCCCGAUAGAUGAGGCAGAUGUCAGGAAGACUGCUUUCAGGACGCGUUAUGGGCAUUUUGAGUUUGUGGUUAUGCCUUUCGGUUUGACUAACGCGCCGGCAGCCUUCAUGAGAUUGAUGAACGACGUGUUCAGGGAGUAUUUGGACGUGUUCGUCAUCAUUUUCAUUGAUGAUAUUCUGGUAUACUCGAGGAGUCAGGAGGAGCAUGCGACUCACUUGAGGUUGGUUCUGGAGAAGCUUCGGGAGCAGAAGCUUUUUGCUAAGUUGAGCAAGUGCAGUUUCUGGCAGCGAGAGAUGGGAUUUCUUGGCCACAUUGUUUCUGCAGAGGGAGUUUCUGUGGAUCCGGCUAAGAUUGAGGCUAUCAGAGAUUGGCCUAGACCUAGUAGUGCCACCGAGAUCAGGAGUUUUCUGGCUGAGUGUGAGGAGAGCUUUAGUCAGCUCAAGGAGAUGUUGACUACUACACCAGUGUUGGCGUUACCCGAGCCAGGGAAGCCUUACAUGGUGUAUACAGAUGCUUCAGGCAUUGGUCUUGGUUGUGUGCUGAUGCAGGAGGGCAGAGUGAUAGCAUAUGCUUCGAGACAGUGGCAGGGCAGUGAGCGUAACCGUCCUACACAUGACUUAGAGUUGGGAGCAGUGAUCUUCGCGUUGAAGAUUUGGAGGUCUUACUUGCUAGGUGAGACAGUACAGGUGAGCAUUAACUACCAUCCGGGCAAGGCUAACCUAGUGGCGGACGCGUUGAGUAGACGGAGGUAUGAUUCCGCAGUUGAGCGAGAUGUGGAGUCUCUAGUUGGCGAGAUCAGUACCUUGCGUUUGUGUGCCAUUUCGCAGGAGCCUUUGGGUUUAGAGGCAGUGGAUCAGGCGGAUCUACUUAGCAGGAUCAGAGUUGCUCAGCAGAGUGAUCAGAGUUUGCUGGAUGCGACGAGAGUGACUGGUUCUGAGUAUGAGGUCUCUGCGAAUGGGACUAUCUUGGUUCGUGGGCGAGUUUGUGUGCCUAAGGAUGUGGAGUUGAGACAUCAGAUUUUGGGAGAGGCUCAUUCGCGAGCAAGUUUUCCAUUCAUCCAGGGCGACCAAGAUGUACCAUGA